ACAGACUAAUAAAGGGAAACAACUCCAAGCGCAGAACUUCGGCCGUGUUCUCCACACCGGUGGUUUAACACCGUCGACAAGCAAGAUGUCCAAGUCGUACAACGAUCUUUCCGGUCGACAAAUUAUUGACACCUCGCUCGACGGGUCAGCGCGUCAUCACCUUCUGGGCCACAAGAUUCCGUACUCCACCCACAACAAAUCAAGCAGCAACCUCAACAAGACCGGGGAACAGCCGCGAAAUCACAAACAGCAUCUGCUUCCGGAGACGCGGUCCUUCCAGGGUAGUCACGGGAUGCGCAGCGUCAGCGCUGACGAUGUGCGCAUGCGUAGUGGCACGGACGAGUACGUUUGGAAAGAUGGGAAAGUUCAGCUCAAAAAUGGCGGCGUGUCGCAUGGGGAAAGCGUGCGUUAUGUGUGGAAGGACGGACAUGUCGAAAAAAUUACAUCUGACGCUAAUAACGAAGACACCCAGGUGGAAAUUCUCGAAACAUCAGACGACAAAACCUGCAACAAGAUCAAUCCGGUGCUCAUCUGCAUUCUCCUCAUCGCUUUCGUCGCCGUCGUCAUCAUAUUACCGAUCUAUUUCACCAGCUGAUGAUUUUGUAGGAUUUCCCUUAAAAAAACUUAUGGGUGACAUCUGAUGACAAUAUGGUGAGAAAAACCUUCAGCAGACGUGCUUCGAUGUCCUUGUCCGCAAAUUAGAUGCUCGGAACGCUAACACACAAUCGUGCGCGCGCAUCUGCGCAUGCGCGGACAUCUGCGCAUCAUGUUCUGAUGUUAAUUGACAGAGGAUCACUUGGCGUGGGGAAGGGAAUGUUUUCCAUUUAUUUCCCUGGAUGAUUAAGGAUAGACAAUACUCUGGGAAAAAAAGUAGUCCCCGAUGCGUCUAAAUACAGCAUUAAUGUUGGUGAGUGCGUGAACUAUAGCCACCAGUUUGGCGGGCUAGCUAGUGUUUCAAACGAGAGAUUAAGUGCAUUAACUUUAACGCGAUGCCAGGCCGGUGUUCGGGCUUUGUUCCAAAGCACCCCUGGUGGAUGUUUUAUACCAGUUUCCGGUAAUGCCACAGUUAUGAAAUCUUCGUAAAAAAGGGGUGUUAAGUUGUUCGUAGUAUACUGUAUUUUAAAUAGCUUGAUUUAUGUCAACGCUGGUUUCCAUCAAAAUGCGCAAUCGAAAAACUACGAAACGGAAAACUGCGCAAACAGAAAAUUUCGCAAAUUUAAACAAAUUACACUAACACACUUUAACUUUUGUCAUAUUUCAUGGAAAUAUGUUUUAUUAUGCUACAAUGUACAUGUAGUCACUAUUUGUUAAUGUCUAAAAAUGCUCGAUGUAAAAAAAAAAAAAAGGUCCUUGCGCAUUUUUUUUUGUGUGCGCAAUUUUCCGGUCACCGUCAAAAGUAUCUCUAACCCGUUUUCUAAUAAUAGCCUUAAUCAUACUUAUUAUCUAAACUGUAAACCAGAUAUUAUUAUACUACUAACAAGGUAACACACCUAUUUUAAAGAGUUCAUUAUAGGACACUGGUAAAAGAAAUACACCAAUCUUGAAGGGUGAUCAUCAAAGGUAUCUGAUAUGUCUUAAAAUGUAUCUGAUAUGUAAGAACUAUUACUCUAUAUGGUGUACUGUUUUCCUACUAAUGCAAACAUGAAUUUAGUGCAUGAACACUUGUAGACUGCAGAUGUGCAGUAGAUUAUUUAAUUUCAGAUGUAGCAUCAAGACGUAGUCCGUAGACCAAGCUACACAAACUGAUGGUUAGACGUAUGUAUUAUGCGCUUUAUAUGAUUGCUAGUUAUCGCUUCUUGCAUCCUUAUUGUAGAAUUAUUUUCUCUUCUUUAUAAAUCUCAAACCGAAUGAUCUUAGGUUUGAAAAACGCGUUACGUGCCUCUUAAAGGAAGUCGGGUCCUCUCUAUACCGAAGAUAAAGCACGCAAUGUGAUAUGGUGUGUGCAUAUUUUGUACGUUUUGUAAAACAUGAAACAAUGAACUCGUGGUUAAGUCAUAAGAUUGACCAGUAAAACAAAUUAAGAUUAAUUAAUUUACAUAACCAAACUUACAAGUAAUGAAUAUUUUUUGCUUAUUUGGAUGAAGAACGGAUGAUAUAAGAUUAGAAACGAACGCAAUAAACCUAUUUCACAUACAACAUUGGUCUCUUCCCAAUAACUUAAAUGUUUCUUCACAUCUUUUCGCCUAUUUAGUCAAACACAUAAAAAUGAUGAAACUGGUAUCUCUUCUAACGAUAUGUAAAAGUUUCGGACCUGGCAGUCCAUAAGGCAGAUAAAGUAGAGUUCAUUUGUUUCUUGACCACACAAUAGGAAAGGAUACUGUGGUCAGCACUAUGCCCAGCCCGCAUCUACUUUCCCUAACGCGAGUUAGGUACCCAUCAGAGCUGGGUGAACUCAGAAACGUUAAACAGUCCGGGAUCUGAAUUCGAGACUAACAGGUUAGCAGUUAAUGCUCUAUCACCCGGCCAGGCCGUCCCAUAACUGUAGCCCUACCCAUAGUACUAGAUCUCCGCUUGACCACGAAGUGACCAUAGUUUGACCAGCGUAUGGGGUCCAGGACACGUGUAAACUGUAUCCACCCAUUUCAACUUUAAACUUCACCAGUCGUAAUCCACCA